AUGUCCGUGAAAGAUGCUGGCAAAGAUCCACGAGGCAUCGAGUCCAUCUCGCAGGAAUUCCUGUUGGCCGUGCACGGAGCAGCACCAGAAACUGUCAGGCGGUUAAUAAUGGAAAAAGAUGGAAGGGAGCGAGUUCAGUGCCGGGGAAGCAAGAGUCGAAUGAAAACAAACAGGAGGCCCCAGAGAGGCCCACUUACUCACGCGAGGUCUGAGUGCAGGGGAAAAAAAACAGUAGAAGGAUUCUUGGCCGAGUCGCAGUUGCACACGCUCCGAAAAGGAGCUGGCGUCACCGGACUGGACGGUCCGUCGUUUGGGAGAGGCCACUUCAUGGGAGGUUCCCGUCGCUUCCGACCACAUGAAGGAAGUUUCGCUAUUGCUUACGACGGAAAACACAAAGGCGCCUCGGAUAAGCAGCUCCGCCCACAGCCGUGGCGCUCUUACACAACACUGGCACCAGACGCCAAAGUCAAUAUUGCAAACUCGCCGUCGGAUUCCACGCACAAUAAAAGAUCUCCCCGAGGACAUAAUCGCACGAGCUACGCCACCAGUCAAACAUCUCCACUCGUUUUCAUUUGUUUACGUUGUGUGUGGUUAACCCUCUCUCUUUCUCUCUCUCUCUCUUUAUCGCUCUCUCUCAGCUACGGUCAAGAACAGCACCAGGCGGGCUUUCCCGCAGCUAACAAGUCCAAUGGGGACACUUUGGAAACCACAGGAUUAUCUGAGGGAGACCUGCUGCUCCGGGCACUCAACGGCUUCGUGCUGGUGAUCACGUCUGAGGGGGUGGUCUUCUACGCGUCCCCCACCAUCAAAGAGUACCUGGGCUUCCAGCAGUCAGACGUGGUCCACCAGAGCGUGUUUGAACUCAUCCACACAGACGACCGCGGGAUCUUCAGGCAGAACCUCCACUUUGCUCUCAACCCACCCGACUUGGAAGUGGAACGUUUGGAUGGAUGCACGAGGACAGAGUUCUACGAUGCAAACCAGCUUCCGCCAGAGAACUCGUCAUUCCUGGAGAGAAGUUUUGUCUCUCGCUUCCGCUGCCUCCUGGACAACUCUUCCGGCUUCCUGGCUCUGAAGUUCCAGGGCCGCCUCAAGUACCUGCACGGCCAAAACCUCUUCAGGGACAACGGCGCACACGCCAAACCGCAGCUGGCGCUGUUCGCCGUGGCCACGCCUGUGCAGCCGGCGUCUAUCGUGGAGAUCCGCUCCAAGACGCUGCUCUUCCAAAGCAAGCACAAGCUGGACUUCUCACCCAUGAGCAUGGAUGACAGGGGGAAGAUCAUUUUGGGCUACUCGGAGGUGGAGCUUUGCAUUAACGGCUCGGGCUACCAGUUCAUCCACGCCGGCGACAUGAUGUACUGCGCCGACAACCACAUGCGAAUGAUGAAAACCGGAGAAAGCGGCCUGACUAUAUUCCGCCUCCUCAGUAAAUCCAGAACCUGGGUUUGGGUCAAGUCGAAUGCCAAGCUGUUUUACAAAGCAGGAAGACCCGACUUCAUCAUCGCUUACCAGCAAGCCAUAGCCAACGCCGAGGGUGAGGAGUACCUUCGCCAGAGGAGGAUGCAGCUGCCCUUCAGCCUGACGGAGGGCGAGGGGGUGCUGUACAACACCAACUUGACCGUGGACCCCUCGCAGGCGCAGUUCAACAACAACCGCAACGCCGACACCGGCAAGGAGGUGGAGCCCCCGCGCUCCCUGCUGGACUGCUUUCUCAGCCAGGACAAGUCCGUCUACAGCCGCCCCCCCGACGUGCCUCUGCCCGUGGACCAGGUGUUCAUGGACAGCCGGGCGCUGGUCAGCGUGCCAAGCAACGGCGCGGUGGUAAAGGAGGAGGCCAAGCAGUCGGUGAUGGUCGUCAUCGGCAGCCUGCGGGAGAUGGCCCAGAGCGGCGACUUCGGCGCCGCCUUGGAGGACAUGGACGUGGGCGAGGGCGAGCUGAUGGAGUGGGAGGAGACCCUCAAGAGGCUGGGCCAGGAGGACGAGCAGCAGGAGAAUGUGCGCUCCGAGCUGGACUGCAUCCUCAUCAACGAGCUCUUCGAACACCUGGACUCUACCUUGUUUAAGGAGAAGGGUGAAGAAUGCCCCGCUCCUUGCCUGAAGCCAGCCAGCAGCGGCCCCGCGGGAGCCGAGCAGCAGCUGUUCCCGUCGGCUCCCCAAGAUGGGACUUACGGACCCUUCCUCGGUCUCCCGAGACUUUCGCACUGCGGACCUCUACCCGAGCCGGCUCCUCCUCCGCAGCUCCAACUUCCGGACAUUUUCAGCCCAGAAAUAGAACUGCCACCGCUCACCGUCCCUGAAAGCUCCCGUGGGGGCGGCGCGCCGCUCCAAUUCCCGACUUUCAGCAACGCUGUGCCUGCCAAGCGGCGACUGGCAGCCAUGGUUCCUUGCAGCAACCUCAACAACCCGGCUGUGCCCCUCGCCGCCCACAACCGCCUUCCUCAGCAGUGGUCGCAGGGCCCGUACACGGCACCCCCCGCCAGCCUCACGCACAACGGACACGGGCCGACGCCCUCUCCAGGAAGCCAGCCGUUCCCCCGGGCCAACCUGUGGCCGAGUAGUGUCGGCCAGCAGGGGGGGCAGGUGUGCGGGCAGGCUCCCGGUCCCAGCAGCUGCAUGUAUGCGCAGCCGACGGGGGGCGACACCCUGGCGCUCAGCCGGUCCUCGCUCCACACGGCCGCCCACCUGGACCAGAGUCCCCCUCAGGGCUCCUGCUACUUCCAGUGGGGGCGGAGCCAGCCCGUGGUGGGAACCUCGUCCAUUGGCCAGGACAACACCAACAUCAGUCCUAUAACGUCCAACAUGGCGCUGCCGGAGCUCGCCUUCAACCUCCAGUGCUACCAGGAAUGACGCGUGCAGCAGGCGGACAAGACACUUUGCAAGAACUCUCAUGCAGUAUCGCCCUCGUCCGUCGUCUUAUUUACCCGCUGUCCCAGGAAAAUUCAACGUACAAACAAUGAAGGCGGGUGAGCUCCUUCGCCAGGAAGAACAGCCAAAGAUGUUUUUGGUUUUUUUUACAAGGGAAACCAACAUAAUUGCAAUUUUGCUCAACAACAAAACACUUCAAAUGUUAUAUCAGACAGUAGGAAGGGGAUUUAUAUGGUAUACCUGACACAUGUGACGUGACAAAUGUGGGGCGUGCGAUAUCCACUUUAGCCACCAUAUGGCAGUAGCGUGUUAAACAUGUAGAGUGGCGAUUUCCGUCAUUUUCAGCAGACUGCCUUACAAAAUGAUUCAUCCAGAAAUAGGGCCUUAUGGAUCGCUUCCCGACUCUUGCUUCCCAGACAACCGCGCUAAAAUAUUACGCUAAGCUUUGUAUAAAGUGCACACGAUCGGCAUAUCCACGCACAAAAAGAAUACAAUGAUGCUAACUACCGAAAUAAUUCAUAACGAUGUAUUUCAAAAGCACUUUUUCUUUGUUUCACGAAACUUUCCUUUGCGGGAUUUACAAAAAAACUCCACGUCGGAACACUCUAAAGGGAAACUUGAGAAUGCCCAGGAAAUCGGAACGGCAAUUCAGAAUUCAGUGUCACCAACAUAUCGUAAGAUUGUUCGCACGUUUAGUGAAGCCACCAAAAUGGGCGGAGCAAGAACACGUUUUUAUGCCAAAAACGCGCACUUUGACUUGGGAAGCGAAAAUCAACGUCACAAAAUAUUGACCGUUAGCCAACAACGAUGGCAUCAAUAGAAGGAGAAUUGUUCGGAUUAAGGUUAGUGUUGCCUUAAAAAAUGUUCAUUGUAUCGAGAAUCUACUCGCUCUAUCCAAUCAUUACUUUCGUAUUUCCAGCGCUUGGUUUACAAAAAACAUACAACGCACUGCAAUUGGUUUUGUCACCUUUUGCUUGUCGCGCGUAGCAACGUCAUAAAACGUGUUUUCGUUAGUGCAAUUUUUGUCGAUAAUAAAGUCGUCGGCAAAUAACGUAACGCAAUCAUACCGAGGUUGGCGUAGUGAUAUUCCACGACGCACAAUAUUGUAACAUAAGAUGUUAAAACAACCACGUUUUGUCCCGACUCGAUUAAGAAUGGUGUUGCCGCCAAAAACAGACAUCAUUGUAUCGUUUAGUGGAGAAUCUACUCGGUUUAUCAAAAUAUUACUUUUGUAUUUUCAGCACUUGGUUUACGAAAAACAUACAACCGACUGGAAUCGGUUUUGUCACUUUUUGCUUUGGCGUAGCAACGUCAUAAAACAGGUUUUUGUUAAUGCAAUUUUUUUCGAUAUUAAAGUAUUUGGCAAAUAACGUAACGCAGUUAUCCCGAUGUUGGCAUAGCGAUACUCCACCACGCGUGAAAUUGUAACUUACGAUGUUGCGACGACCACGUUUUGUCCUGACCUGAUCUUAAAAAUAAACAUUGUACGUUAAAUUGGAUAAUGUACUCGUUUUUUCAAAUCAUUACUUUCGUAAACCAAGUAUUUUCAGCGCUUGGUUUACGAAAAACAAACAAAUGACUGGAGUAAUUUUGACGAUUUUGUGACUUUUUGCUGGAGCGUAACGACGAGUAAUAAACUAACAAAGUCAUGAAAAAUGUUUUUGUUAGUGCAUCACUGUAGAUAUUAAAUUUGUUGGCAAGUCACGUAACUCAGGUAUCCCGAUGUUGGCGUAGCGAUACUCCACCACACUCGAUAUUGUAACAUAUGAUGUUGCGACAACCAUGUUUUGUCCCGACUUAAGUAAAGAAAGUGUUAAAAUUAUCAUAAUUCUAUCGUUUAAUGGACAAUCUACUCAGUUUAUCAAAACAUAACUUUCGUAAACUAAAGUAUUUUCAGCGCUUGGUUUACCAAAAACAUACAAUGCACUGGAAUCAGAUUCGUCACCUUUUGCUCGAGCUUAGCAACGUCAUAAAAACGAGUUUUCCUUAGUGCAUCACUGUCGAUAAUAAAGUCACCAGCUAGUUACGUAACGUACUCAUUCCGAUGUUGGCAUAGCGAUACUCCACCAUGCUCGAUAUUGUAACAUACGAUGUUGCAACAACCUGAUUAAAGAACAUGCUGCUUUUAAAGAUAAACAUUUUGUUUCUUAAUAGAGAAUGUACUUUUUCAAAACAUUACUUUCGUAAACCAAGUAUUUUCAGCGCUCAAAUUACAAAAAACAAACAAACAAUCCACUGCAAACGGUUUGGUGACUUAUUUGCGUGAAUGUAGCCAUGAAUAAUAAACGGACGACGCCAUAAAACCUGUUGUAAUUUUUGCUUUGUUGUCGAUAUGUAAGUCAUCAGCAAGUAUCAUAACGCACUUAUUCGGAUGUUGGCGUAGCGAUUCUCCACCGUGUGCGGUAUCGUAACAUACGAUGUUGCGACAAACACGUUUUGUCCCGACCCGACUAUAGAAAGUCUUGCCUUUAAAUACAAACAUCAAAUGUGUCUUUUAAUGGAGAAUUUACUUGGUUUAUCAAAACAUUAAUUUCGUAAACCAAAUGAUUUUCGGUGCUUGGUUUACGAAAAACAAACGAUCGACUGCAAUGGGUUGUGUGACUUCUUUAAUGAACGACGCAAUAAAAUGUGUUUUUGUUAGGUCAUUGUUGUCGACAUUUAAGUCCUCGGCAUGUAACCCACUUAAUCCGAUGUUGGCGUAGCGAUACUCCACAAUGUGCGAUAUUGUAAAUGCGAAAACCAACCCUAAUGAGCACUUGUUCCGACAUGUAGACCCUUGAGUUACGGCCGUUCUCGUUUUUUCGUACGGUGUAUUGAUCCAGUCCUGCGAUUAUCUGGUUGUCGUGCCGACAAUAUUUAACCUUUAAGCUACAUGCUAGCGCUUUUCCUCACUUGUGCCUUCUUGCCAUAUAAAUAUGAAUUAUUAUAAAUAUAUAUAUAUAUAUGUAUGUAUGUGUAUCAUGCUGGGCUUAACAAGCACUUGCUUCGUAGUUCGACCCCGUCUUGAACGUGGCUUUACUGUACCCUGAAGUGUACUUAUGAAAACAGGCGACUCGAACGCCACAAAAAGUGCUUACCUCGUCACUGUGAACUCUCCUUAAAGCGACAUCACAGACAACAUGGCAGCUUUCGACCAGCGCUCUAAGUCAGUCAGUAUUUAGCACGUGUACGUGAAGUGGACGGAGGAAAGAGCCACGACGUCGGAAACCAAUCUCUCGCCAAGGGACGGUCUUUAGCGGGCGGAGCCACUCCAAACCCCACCCGGAGCCAAAUUGUUGUUGCUUUCUUGUUGUUUGAUAUUAAUCUGCUUUUUGUUGUUGUUUUUAUUCAUUCAAUUUCAGCAUUUAAUCCUCCCCUCCCUGUUAUAUUGUUAUUAUCACUUCUGAUAAUAAUAACCAAUGUUAUCUUGUAUACAAUAUUUUGUAAUAAAUCUAAAUAUAUGCCAAUAA